AUGGAGAGGAAGGCGCCGCCGCCGCGAGGCUUUGGCGGGCCCCCCGUCGCCAACGGCGCGCAACCGCAGCCGUUCGCGCGUCGGAAUGGGCCCCCAGGCGCUUUCGGAGCGCCCCCCGUCGCUGAAACUACCGAGCUGACCGCUCCCCCUCCGCCACCGCAGCAGCCUCACCCACCACAGUCUUUCGGGUUCCCAGCGGCGCGAGGACCCGUCAACACUAGCGUGAGUGCUAACAGACGCGGAUGGAAACCAGGGCGCGUCGGAGGACGUCAUGACUCACCGCUGUACGGCAAUCACCGCAAGCGCCCACCGUCUUCAUCCAUGGACAGUAAUGUGAGCUGGAGUGGCAGUGAGAUCGAGUCGAUAGGCGGCUUUGGUGGCGCGCACAGCGAGCAGGAGCAGGUGUCGAGACUGAGCUGGGCCUCGUCCGUUGCAGCCAAGGAUGAAGCUCCAAAAGCACCACAACAAGACCUUGCUUCAGCAGCGUCGCUAUUUGUAGCGCCAGAGGUACAGCAUCAACGAACUCCACCGCCUGCUGCUGCUAGUGGAGAGCAGGAGACGAAACAGGCGGCUCGAAGUGAAAGUACGAUGAACAUCCAGCCGCCGAAGACUCCGAUGGGCAAGCCGACGCAGGAUACUGAUGGAGAAAUUAGUGCCGUACAGCGCGUUCGCAUGGAGUUAUCAUCGCACGCGAGCACCCGCGCUGGGUCUCGCACCAACAGCUCGGAAAACGUGUUUGCUAGUACGAUUCCUCCUGUGUAUGAUGAAGAAAAGAGCGGUCCGCAGUCGUGCCCUUCGACGUUCAACAACACGAAGCAGCCUCAAUUUUCGAUCGACAAGCUCCGUCAAUUGCGCAGUAACGAACUGGUCGCGUCCAAGCUGUUGCCCACACGUCAAAGUGUCAACAGCCUUAUGGGUUACGUGCGAGAGCUGCAAUUGUCUGAAGCUACUCUGCGUAAGCAGCUGGUGAAAACGAAGCAGCAUACGGAGGAAGAACUAUCUCAAUCGUUAUCGAAGGUGAGCGAGUUGGAGCGAACCAUGAUGGAGGUGGAAAGAGACCGCGAAAUGGCACGACGGAAGCUGGAGGAGCAGGAAAAGCUUAUUCGCGACCUCGCAGCCAAGUUGAAGCAAGUGGAGGCAGUUAAAGCAAAGGUCAACGCAUCCUCCAGUGUUGAUGAGCUCCCUCCCAUCGCUGAAGAAAGUCAAGCGGUCACCGAGAAGACUGUGCCAGCUGAGGAGAAAGAACCCGGAACACCGGAUAUGCCUCCUCUAGCGCCAUCUCCCUCUGCCCAACCACCUCCCACGCAGCGAGAUCAGGCUCCACUGACUCCUGUUCAGCCAAAGGAUAGCAGCCGUGCAGCUCAGUUUGGACUUGCGUCACCUCGGUCACCGAACCAACCGCUUUGGGAUCCUUGGGCUUCGGGAGGUGCGACUCCCAUGAAGAACCUUCCGCCUGUGUUCACAAUCGGGUCGACCAGUUUGGAUCCAGCGGUAGCUUCAUCCACAUCGGCUGCUCCAACGUCCGCGGCCGACGCAACGACGACUGCUCCCGAAUACGAGCUUAAAUCAGUGCUGAUGUCUCCGCGCCGUGAUCAGGGCCAGGAUGAAGCUUCCGAAACUGGAGACGCUGUUGAACCGGUGAAACAGAAUGAAUCUGCUGUGGCUGCGCAACAGGAGUUUGCAGCACAGUAUCCUGGAGCAGUGUUUAAUGUUGAAGCAAUGCCGUCACCACCAUACCCGCAGCAUGAAAACUUGUCUUCGGCAGAAACGCAAGAUGGAGAGUACGGCGCGCAGAGCCAAGAAAAAGUUCCCCUUAUGAAGUCUCCUGUACAAGUUGUCCCUAUGGCUAUGGCUCCUACUGUCACGGUGGCUCCGGUCGAUGACAAUUCAUUCGAUCAGCAAGAAGCGAGUUAUGUUUCUGCAGAGGGUACAAAUGGUGCUGAGUGGAACGUAGUCCAUGAUCUGCACGUUAUGCAGCCACCUGUAGCUUCAUUUCCACCACCUGCGGAAGCUGACCCAGUUGGCGAUGCGGCCAAAACGAUCGAUGAGAACGUGACUCCUGCUGUUCCUCCUAGUUUUGCCGAUCAAGCUACUAUUUCACCGCCACCGCAAGCUAUGAGUGAAAAUUCCGCUCUGGACUUAGCUACGCCAUACAACGAGAGUACCCAGACUGCGCAAUCUGAGCAAACGCCGACCGCCGACGGAGAAAAUGUUGCUACUACUAUGUCCAGCUCUCCGCCACUAGGUUCUGCUUCUUUCCAGCCUCCCCCGAUGUCUGGAGAUCAGCCUCCUCGUCCAGCUUCGCCAGCUAAAACGGAGAGCAAGAAAGUAGCUGCAGAGCCAGUCUCUUUGGAGACCUUGUUGGUUGAUUUCUUCACGGAGGUAGACAAGAAACGCCUGAAGAUGGCAAAGGUUGAAAGCAAUGCGCACACGGACUCGCCGGACCGAGCGGCUGAUGAGAUGGAAAAAGAGAUGGAAAACGAAAGCUUUGUCAACGAAGUAGAAGCUGAGGACAAGGUGACUGAUGAACUCUAUGCGGAAGAGGUAGUUGUACCGCCGGAGGAAGUUCCUGUGGAAGUAGAUACAUUCAAGUUUGAUGACGAGCCCCAAACUGGUGACAUUGAAAUUGCAACGAAGGAGGACAUGCCGGAGGAGGAUAUCAUACCUGUUGAUAAGGAGUCAGCAGCCAUCAAGGAAGAGACCUUCCCAUUUACAUCUGAAGCAGAGGAUGAUGUUACAUCGGAAUCGACUGAUGUGGUGGAGUCUGAUGAUCCCCCAGCAAUUGAGGAGUCGGAGGAUAUCCCACUAGCUAAGGAGGCUGCGUUGGAUGAUACCAACGACGUAGAGGCUGAGCCGGAAGAUGCCAACGUCGAGUCGGCUGAUGUUUAUAACACUGAAGUUAUUGAGACCCUUACCGUGGAUGACGCUGUUUUUGCCUCAGUUGAAGAGACUGAGUCAGUGAAUGCCAAUGUGGAACCAGCUGACGUUGAUAUGGCUGAAGUGACGGAGACUACACCAAAGGACGACUCUGUACUUGCCCCGGUCACGGAGACUGAGUUCGUUGAUAGUGACGAUGAUGAAUUUUCCGCUUCCACCAAGGCUGACGCAGUGAAUGCCAUGGUUGAUGUUGUGGAAGAAGCGUCUGACGCUACCGUAGAAGACGCAGACAACACAGAAUCCUUGGAUGAAGAGAACGCUAUGGAAUCCGACGACGUCGUCGAGGUCGAAGUUCUACAGGAGGGUGUGGACUUGUCGUACACUGAAACCGUUUCGGAUACCAACCAAGAGGAACUGACCGCUGAGUCCAUCGAGAUUUUCUCCUCUGCUUUGGAGGAUGAGCUUGAGCCGGUAGAUAUUGAAGAAGAUGCAUCGUCUGAAUUAAGUGAAGCAGAAGCGGAGAAGCCUGUCGAAUCGGAAAAUGUCGCUGUGGAAUCGCCUGAGUCUGAGACUGACUCAGCUGAAGACACCGUCAUCAUUCCUAGUAUUGCUGACACCGUUGUUGAAGUGAAGGAGUUGUCGUCAGAUGCGGACGUUCUCACUGAGGCGACUGAUGGGGAAAUGGAGAGGGCUGAAGAGGAGUCGGUUCGCUCCGAAGAAUUGGAAUUGAAUGUUGAGCCUGACCUGAACGAGGAGGAGCCAGAUACUGUGGUGGUGUCUGUCGACGUUGACGAGGCCCCGGUGGUGCAGUCGGAGAAUGGAGAUGAGGUGGCCAGCACAUUGAGUGAAGAAAAUGAGGUCGAGGUAGAAAAUAACGAGCUUGAUGUUGUGGUGGAAGUCGAAGUCGAGACAACGGCGAAUAAUGACGAAGGGGAAAUGAGCGCUUCCGAUGAAGACCAUGGGGACGAAGAGGUCAUUGUGGAGCUAGACUCUGAGCUGCCUUCCAGUUCUAACGAUGUUGACGUGGUAGAGCCACUGUCUGAGGAGGGCAGUGUCGGUGUGUCGAACGAGGGUGCUGAGGUUGCCAACGAUGUGUCGAAUGAUGAAGAGCCUGUUGCAGCCCCUGUUGCUGUGGUGGAGUCUUUGUCAGAAGAUGCUGAUGUGAAGUCGGACGAGGAGGACGCUGAAGAGAAUGGCUCAGCCAUUCCUGUUGAGGUUGAAGCUUCCGUUCCCCAGUUGGAUUUGGAAGAAGUCGUUGCUACAGUUGCCGACGAAACUGUCGUACACGAGUUGGAGGAAGCGCUCGAGAACGAGGCUUCUGAACAAAAGGAGGACCUUGAAGAAGGAUUGUCUGCUUCCGCCGAGAUUGAGUCGGUCGUAGUGGAAGGAGAUGAGGAAGAUGCAGUACCGGAUUCUUUUUUUGAGAAUGACGUGGAGAGCGUGGAAGUAGUUUUGGACGAGGAGGCUGAUGGUGAUGCAGAAGCGAGUACUUUCAGUGCGGUUGAAGAGGAGCAGUCUGCGUCUGAAGUUGGCGAAUUCAGCGAACAGGGUGAGGAAUCUGUGGUGAUUGAAGCUACAGAAGCAUCGAUCGAAGCAGAUACUGAUGCACCUGAUGCCACGGAGGAUGGGACCGAGGAGAUUGAGGAUGUUGAGAAUGCUGCAUUUGCUGCUACUGAAGACGUAGAAACUCUUGCAGGGGAUGAUACUGAGUCUGCUAUUGUUGCUGAGGAAGAGCUCCCUGAUGCUGUGGAUGAAGCGUUUGCUGUCCCUGCUGACGAAGAAGCUCUAGAGGCUAUCGACGAGCCGGCGGCUGAAGAUGUACCAGAGUUGGAAGAAGCCCCUGUUAUUGAGGAACCGAUUGCGUCGAUAGAAAGCGCUGAUGAGCACGCUGAUAUCACUGAUGAGACUGAACCCAGACAAGCAACAGAUGAAUCAUCGACUACGGCUAGUGAAGAGGAGGAAAGCGGCGGUCUUGCGUCCGCCGUAAACGAGGUGCUAGCGCGGCUUGUGGAGCCUUUCGAAGCGGCGAAGACCGCUGCGCCUGAAGUAGCAACCGAAGAAGAGCUUGCUUAG